AUGGGAUUGAUUUCGCCAUUUCUCGUAACCGCUAAACUCUGUUUUCAACGCACUUGGCAACUUAAACUUGGAUGGGAUGAAAUUCUACCAGAUGACAUCAGACACCAAUGGGCUGACUGGUGCGACGACCUAGGACAUUUAUCGCGGAUACAAGUACCGCGAUUUUACGAGUAUGGCUUAAGUGACGUCGCCGACACCAGAGUGCUGCACGUCUUUGCGGAUGCAAGCACCGCAGCCUACGGCGCGGUAGUGUACCUGUGCGUAAGGGACUUAACAGGAAGGACGACGACGACACUGGUUCUGGCGAAGUCAAGAAUCGCUCCACUAAAACAACUGACGCUGCCCCGUCUAGAGUUGAUGGCGAGCCUCGUGGCAUCACGCCUAUUUCAGUACAUCGGCGGAAACCUCAAGCUUGACGUUAGCGGCGUGCAUUUCUGGACCGACAGUAUGAUCACACUCCAUUGGAUCCAGGGCGAUGCAGCAAGAUGGAAACCAUUCGUAAGGAACCGAGUGACCGAAAUUCAAAAGAACAGCGAUUCGCAUCCUUGGCACUACUGUCCGAGCAAAGAGAAUCCCGCUGACUUAAUGACAAGAGGAAUAUCAGCUCAACGACUGAUCGAGAGUCAGUUGUGGUGGAAGGGACCACCGUGGAUCGUCAGCGACGAGAGCUCGUGGCCAGGAAGGCCCCCAACGACACGGUUUGCGUCCGAAGAACUUGAAGAAAUGAAAUCCCAGGUGUUAACCACAGCUACUUCAACAUCCACAGUACCGGUUUUACUUGACAUCAACAAGUACAGUUCCGUACUCAAGCUUCAUAGGACAACAGCAUGGGUCCUGCGCUAUAUUCAUAACCUGAAAUCGCAUGUCAGGAGGAGUGGAGUACUGUCAACAGAAGAGAUCGAAAAGGCCGAAGUCCAUUGGAUAACGACAGUUCAACGGAUGACCUUUCAGCACGAACUGAGCUGUAUCGAAAAGGGCUCCAAACUUCCGAGCAACUCGCCAUUAAGGGACCUAACACCAUUCAUCGACAACGACGGGAUUAUCAGGGCUGGCGGACGUCUACAGUUCAGCCGUGGAACGUACGACGAGCGACAUCCCAGGAUCUUGCCUGGAGAUCAUCAUUACACGAAGCUACUGGUUCGUCAGACUCAUCAUCAACUUCUUCAUGCGGGCAUCAGAGAUACACUCGUGCAACUACGAGAGAACUUUUGGGUUACCAGAGCUCGUCGACUUGUAAAAAGGGUCAUUCACGACUGCGUGACCUGCAAGCGUUUGAACGCCAAGGCAGCAAGCGAAACGGUUGCUCCUUUGCCAGCGGACCGAGUAACGGAAUGCCUACCGUUUGAAGUGGUGGGAAUUGAUUUUGCCGGACCUCUGAUGGUGAAGGAAGCUAGCAGUACCAAGAAACGUUACAUCGUCCUUUUUGUAUGUGCAGUCACGAGGGCAAUACAUCUCGAGUUGUCCAAGGACAUGUCCAGCAAGAGUUUUCUACAGGCUCUACGACGGUUCGUCUCACGGAGAGGGCUAUGCCGCAUUGUGUAUUCUGACAAUUUCUUAUCGUUCAAGAGAAGUAGGAGCGAACUGAAAGAGCUGUGGUUGGCCUUAAGGGAUCCGGUGGUGAAAGAUCAUUUCUCGACGAGCAAAAUAGAAUGGCGGUUCAUUAUGGAGCGGGCGCCCUGGUGGGGCGGGUUUUACGAACGACUUGUGCGAUCCGUCAAGACAUCGCUGAAGAAGGUACUAGGAAGGAAGCUCCUUGAUACGGAAGAGAUAGUCACCAUCCUGACUGAAGUGGAAGCGGUGAUUAACUCACGGCCUAUAACGUUCCUCUACAGCAACAGCUCUGAAGAAAUGCCAAUUUCCCCAGCGCACUUCCUCGUCGGUAAACGUCUGACGUCUCUACCUACCCCACAAUGCAGAGAACUUACCUCAACGAAACUAUCAUUAGACGAAAUUUGGACAAGUCGACAAAGGGGUCUUGCCCACUUUUGGAAAAGAUGGCACAAGGAAUACUUGGCCGAACUGCAGUCAUCUCGUUCGUCGAGAGUUUUCAAGUCAUCAGCGCUCAAACCUGGCGACAUAGUCAUCUUGCACGAUGAGAAACAACCACGGCCGCUCUGGAAGUUGUGCAGGAUUGUGGACGUAUUCUGCGGCAGGGAUGAGAAAGUCAGGGCUUGCACCGUACGCCUACCUGAUGGCACUUUGCGAAGAAGACCGGUGCAACUGCUGUAUCCGCUAGAACUGGCCAACGGUUAA